UUUAUAGUGGACACGCUUCAGGUUAUUGCCAGUCACCUGUCGGCCACAGACGGUUCCAUAUCAAUAUUAACCGUGCGUUGCUCUCCGAGUCUUUGACCAAAAUAUACGUUUAAUCAUUCGCCUUUAUUUUAUUCAAACUUUCGGAAUCAGACCAAAAAUUUUAAUCGCAGCCAUUUCGUCCAGCUGAUUAAAACAUGCGCUGCUAUAUUGUAUACUACUUCAAAAUUUUCUUGAUUGUUUGUGCAAUACACGAGUUAACAUGUGGUGUAAUAAGCACGGCAACUAAUGAAGUCUAUAAGAAGCUUUUGCAGCUAAGAUCGUUGCCUUUCGAGGACUGCGGUUCCAUGUUUCAAGUCAUGUACCUCAAAAUUGACGGAUGCACUACUAUUCCAUGCACCAUGAAGCGGGGCGAUUUGGUUGACGUGAGAGUGCUUUUCGAUGAUAACGGCAGUGGCGUUUCGUUUUUAAAACACGAAGUGCGCUGGGUUUUCAAUUAUGUUAAAACCCAAGCGGCUAUAUCACCCGACCCCUGUGAUGGCAAUCAGGAGUGCAUAGAGAGUACAGGCGAUGGCAAGACAUAUUUGGCUAAAGUUUAUGUGAAUACUACGCUGCCGGUGAUGCGCGGGCGCAUGUUGUGGGAGGCAAAGGAUGCUAACAGUAACAAUCUUAUAUGUUUUGAGGUGCCAGUGUCAAUCACUCUUUAAAUAUGUAAUGAAUAAAACUUAUUGGUGCAUGUAAAAUGAAACAA